AUGGCGAGCGAAGCAAACAACGAGAGGCAAACGUCGACUCAAGGGGCUGUUGGUGAUGCGACCAGUGCUUUCCAAUCGCUGGCCAAAAUCAGCUCAGAUCUCUUUUCAACUGAGAUUCAGCUCACGAAGUUUGCCGCACAUUACCUUCGACUCGGUAAUGGAACCCAGUGGUUCGAUUGGCAAAGUUUUCUUCGAGCGGUCCGCGCCUACCAAAGGGACGAUCUCAUUCUCAUUUAUCCGAAUGGUAAUGCCCUCGUUGGAGAAGAAGGGGGAAGGGAGCUGAUAAGAGGCUCAAGUGAUAAGCCUACCCUUGGUCGGACUCACGAACCAAUCAUUCGUCUCGAUGAGUUGAGCGCAGUCUCAAAUAUCGCUGACUACAUCGUUUACUUCGUUACCCAAAUCGUUGGAGUGUCGAUUGACGCUGAUGCCAUCUAUGGCACGGUUCUGAAUGCAUUCACCAACUUGGAGUGGGCAAGCGAAAGCGGAUUCGCAGAUUUCUCAUCGUCGAGCACAGGGACCAACUCGUCUUGGGAAUACAGGAUCACCUUUUCGGAAACGUACUCUGGCUCGAGUGACACCUUCCUGAGCUUUGUGAGCACAAUCCUUCUGGAAGCAGAUAUCAAGAACAGGUCGUCGUGGUGGGGCCUUGUGAGCAGCUCCCGACAACAUUUCCGCUGUGAAAUUAUCGGACUCAAGUUCAAGGUCACCAAAGGCUUCCGGGACCCUGUAAAUCCGUUUGAUAAAUUCUCUGAUAUCUCAAUCUGA